AUGGCAACGCUGAAAGUUACGGUUCACGAGGCACGGGAUCUUCCUGUGAUGGACCGUGGAACCGGUCUGGCAGAUCCUUAUGUAGUGCUUAAGCUGGAUGACAUGGAGCACACCACCGACAUCGUGCGCCACACCCGACACCCCGUUUGGAAUCUCGACUACCGCUUUGACACCCCUGAUCUCUUGAUCCUCCAAGAAGACCCACUCGUGGUGCGCGUGUAUGAUCACGACAUCAUCAGCCGCGAUAAUCUUGUGGGGACGGUCCUUUUAGACUGCAACUGCAUCCUGGGGCUGGAGAAUCCCUUUCUAACCGGAUGGUUUCCGCUGCACGACACGAUUGAGGGCCUUCGAGGGGACAUCCGGUUGACGAUACGAAUCAAAUUCCACGCCGCGGAAAAUCCCCUUAGGCCGGUCCUGCCGGAACGCUACGUUUACCGCGUGCAUCUGGCGCCCAUGGAGCCGGACGCGACCGCGGGAGAGCUCUCCCGCGGGCCGAGUGAUGGCAAAAAAAGGGCUGAACAGGAUGCUCUUUUGAACAAAAUUGCUAAACCGGAAGCAUCGCCCUCGGGAACCAUAAAGGUCCCCCCCGUCGGCGCGAUAGGGGGGUCGCCCAUGGUCAACCCCAUCCCCACCCGCAUCCGUUCAACGAAGCGACAUUUUAGCAACGGUUGGUGUCGAGCCAAGGGGAAGCCACCGCUCCUGUUCUUAGGGCAAAGCCUCAGCCCGCUGAUGACAACCCAGUCGCUGCAUCCCACCCUGGCUGCCGAAGAGGAAGGGGUUUAUAUUUUUGGUGCAUGGCGCUUAGAUCCGGCGGUGUAUCGUAUUGAGUCUAUCCAUUCCAUGGUAGAGGAACUCAUUGUGAAGGCGGACCCUGAGCACUCACGGCUCACCAAUCUCCGUUCCAUCCGCACGACCAACGAGGCCCGUUUGAUUCAACUUUUUAAGCUCAGCGGCAAGGUGCGAAGACAGCUUGCACGCAAGGUUGUGGAAAUGCGGUGCAACGCCGUUCUUGGCUAUGUGGAGGAAUUCGACAUUGAGUUGAAGGAUAUCAUCGUGCGUGCCUAUGGGACGCCGUGUGUGAUCUCCGCCACGACAUUUGUUGAUGAAAGUAACCUUCAGAAUGUUCGUGCGGUGUGGAAGAGCCCCACGGGCAGAAUAUCUCCAUCCCAAGCGAUCGGCACCGCGGCUGCAGAGCCUGGUGGCUUCAGCCCACUCCAAUUGCUUCGGAUGUCGCCGGAUGAAGCCGCAGCAACCAGCGGUACUCCACCACUUAUGCUACCCAAAACUAGUUAUACCGCUACCGCCGAGGCAUCAAUGGUCUCCCCAGACAUUAUACCGAAAGACAUCGACGAAUCCGCACCAAAAGAGGUCGGUAAUGAGCAAAGCAAAUCCUUUCGGAUUAAUACCAAAGGUGGCGCCAUACCGUUGCUUGCGGCAACCUUAAAGUCUCCCUUUCUGUCUAUCGCCGCUCCGCCCGCCUCUUCAAAUGGGGGGACGCCCAUUCCGGCGCUGCCCACAGCUCAAUCCAAAUCGAAUCUUACGGAGUCGUUAUCCCAUUCCGGGCCCACCAUAGCAGCGACACGCACGGCCAUUACCAUACUCACCGUCAAGGACCUCCCUUCCGGAUGCAUUCUUCGCAUCAGCGGACAUAUUUGUUCCCGUUCGGUGAAAAUAAUCUCCAGGGGAAAGUCGAAGCAGGCCAUCUCACAGGAGCGCGACGCCUGGUGGAUGGAGCUGCGUGAGGAACUACGCACCAAUGCGCGCGCUUUUCACUGCAACGCCAUUCUCGGCUACAAAGAGGAAACGCAGUGUUACGAAGAUGUUGUCCUGCUCUCGCUGUUCGGAACGGCCGUUGUCUUAGACCCCUCCUUUGUUUCUCUUCGUGCGGAGCACACGCAUCUUUUCUAUAAGGCUUGUGAGCGCUUGGAGGGACGGAAGAGCUGCUCAAUGCUCCAUCGUUAUCAUGGCCCGCAUGGUAAGGUCAUGAAUUUCAAACGAAACGUUCCCAAGCAUCACUUCCAUAGCAUGUUUUGCCGAACAUGCAGCCGCAAGUUGGUUCCGGAAGUAAUCCUUGCCUCCUGCUCGCUCCCCGUGGACUUGAUUACGACAGGCCCAUUGCGACUCGUCCAAGCAACGGUCGUCAAAUCCAAGCGCGAUGUCCGUGGCGUGCAGCUUGCCAUGGAGGUUUCGCAGGCGCUGCCCUACAUCGAGUUUGCCCUGCAUAAGCAGCUCCUCUUUAAUCUUCGCCUCCUCCGGAUGAAUGCGUGCUUUGGUCUUUGUGUGUCCAUCGUGAUCGGGCCGCAGUGUAUUAUUGGAAUACUAACAGGAACCGGAUGUCAGCUUGCUGCGCUACCGAUCCCGAUCCUGCCCUGUGUAACGGUUUCUAAUUCCAUGAUUGCCGGCAACGACCGCGUGAUUCGUCUUAAGGAUCUCAUUGCGAAGAAUCGCCGCAUGCACCAUGCGAAAGGUAUAAACUGUAAAAAGGAGCAGCAGCGUCAUCGUCAUCACCAUCGUGGUGGUGGUGGUCGUCGUCGCGGUAACUCAUCUUCGUCUUCCAGCAGCAUUUCGACCUCAUCGGGGGAAAGAGCAGGAAGUCGUGGAAGCACUUCAUCGCCGAAGUCGGGUCGUUCGUAUUCUUUGACGACGCCAUCGUACUCCUCAGUAAGUCUCUCGAAGAACCACUGCAGUCCUCAUAGCAGUCUCAGUUCCCGUCCUUUGCUUCCCCUGUUGCUGGUCAAAAACAAGCAUCACGACAGCGGCUCCACCUCGGAUGCUUCCACGUUCUCAUCCACGAUGGGGUCCUCGACGGAGCGUGAGAUGUUUUGCAUUGAGGGGAGCGACUCCGAUUCGAACGACACGGAGGACCUUCAUCGGCCCGCCGCGGAGGUGCAGGCUCUCGGGCUUGCAGGCAGUCGCGUGAGUGAUUUUGUGGUUAAAAUCGACGACGAGGAUGAGGCGGAUAUGAUGCUUGGCAUGGAUCGCAUGACCACCUUUGAGGACAGCCUCCUACUUACCGUGCCGUACCUUCCCGAGCAAGUGAACUGGUUCGAUACGCAGGAGUACGUCACCGUACAUCGACGCUACGCCAUUGAGGAGUUAAACACACGCCGACUUAAUGAAUGCUGCGCGGAUGCGAAACGCGCAUUUGUCGUCGCCACGGGUUGCCUCACCUGGCGAGAAGGGACAUCUCACAUGGCCUACCACGCGCACCCCAGCGCUGCUAAAGGCGGGGGAAAGGAGAUCAGGGACCUGGUGCACCGCCUGUCUGGUGGGAUCGUGCGUGUGUUUGAGUUCAAGAUUGGUUUUCUGUUUGAACCGAACCUGGGGGAUCUGCACCUCCACUUAGAGGGCUGUGUGCUGACGAACCAGGCGGCGAGGAUGACGGGGGAUAAGGGAGGCAGCGCUUGGUGGGGACGCUUGCUGCGUCUGGAGGACCAAGCCUUUCGUGAGUGUCUGCGGCAUAGCAACCUGGGGUUUUCAUGCGAAAGCGACGAUCAGCAGGAGAAAGGCCGGGGAGCUCGUACCGUCGAUAGCGCGCUGGCAACACCCGCAUUGCGAAGCUUGUCUGCCGUCGCCGUGGACUGCAGCAGAAUGAGUAUCGCGCUGGACGACUUUUCGGAUCGGUUUAUCACCGCCACGGACCCCAGCAUCGCCCAUGAUCACGAGGUCUCGCCGCAGCGAAUGCUGCCAUCCGGAUUCAAGGUGGCGCCGGUCGCCGACUUUACCACCAUAGUAACCGACGGAAGAUGCCAUCAAACCGAUAGACGCCCUACGAACGACCCCCUGAGCAUCGACCGGACGCGUCUUCUUUACACGCUCUAUCGACAGCUCUUCGCGUCUUGCAACGCCCCUUUCAGCCUCACCUACAUGCUCAAUAGUUACCGAUUCGAAGUGCCCCCGCUGCGGGUGUGGGCACCAGGCGCAAAAGACAAUCCCACAGCAGGGGGGUUGCCCGCUACGGGCUCCAGUGAUGGGGUUGAGAAUCCCCAUAACAAGAAUACCAUCACCACCUACACCGACUAUCGCAAGCGCAAACCCACCCGAUCCAAUACAGUGAUCGGUCGUUGGCAAUCUCUCUGGUCCGCGACCAAGAGCUCCCUUCACAGCAUGAUCGAACGGACCAAACAGGCAGCCAAUCUCUCGAAUAGCUACUCCGGCGACUAUCACAACUUCAAAGCCAGCCGAUUUGUGGGGUCCCACAAAGCAAAGGGCCACCGAGGCGGCGCGAAGGUGGAUGCGUCUGAAGCGCAUUAUCACAAGCCCACAGAGCGGCUCCCGCCUGAGCUAGACGCGCUUGACGAGCUCAUCUUCACGGUGCACUGCACGCCGCUCGAUUUCGUGCCCGGCAAGGUCGUCGUGCGUUACCUCGGGCGGCUCUCGCAGCACUUCAUUCGUCAAGCCAACGACAUCUACCGAGGCGCACAGCUGGGGAGCUUUUACCACCAUGUGGAGUUCGAAAUUCGAUGUUUGGUGCAGAGUCUGGUCGGCGUCAUGGGCGGGAAUGCGAUCCUGAAGUACCGGAUCGUUUACCAUGAGAUGAACGACUCCGAUGGCUCCUGCUCUGCCUUUGUGUUCUUCUCCGUUACCGGAGAUGUCGUGCAUGUAAUCCCGGCGACGGAUUUGAUUAACGGUGUGGACGAGAAAGAUAUUAGCGCUGGGGAAUUUGCAGGGGACGACACCGCGGUCGUGCCCCCUGUUCACACAGAACGCGAAGAAAGGAAGGAUUCGCGUUCUUUGUAG